GAGGUUGUUGAAGGUAAGGUAGCAGAGGUUUGGUUUAAGUUUGGUUCAGAAAUAGGAUUUUCAGUAUUUUGGUUAAUAUUAGGAAGUUCUUGGUUUGUAUUGGAGUCAGACAUAAUUAUGUUAUUAUUAUCAAUUGUUGAGGAAUUUGAUAGAAUUUGGUUUGUUUCUUCUGGUUCGGUUGUAUCAGAUGCUUUAACUGUAUUUUUAGUAAUAGUUGG